AGGCAUAGAAGACGAACUCCUAGUGAAAUUUAUUCAAGGUCAUAGCUCUGUUCGGCUUUCCGACCUCAGCUCAUUUCGAUCCCUCCACAAGCCACUUCAGCUCGCCUUAUAUGCCACCAAAAAAUCAACUCAAGCUCAAUGCCUCCUCUUCACCAGUGCCUAUGAGCUCGAGCCCCGCAUCUUCAACUCUCUUCGUUCCCAGCUCCCUUUACCUAUCCUCCCCUUAGGCCCCAUCAUCCCUUAUGUAACCCCCCAACACACCAAUCUCAAAACCCCCUCUCAUGAUGAUGACGACUACCUCACCUUGCUCAACUCACAACCUCAAAGCUCGGUGCUUUAUGUCUCUUUAGGCAGCUUCCUAUCAGUCUCAAGAGCUCAGAUGGACGAGAUUGCUUUUGGUUUGCUAGCAAGCAAUGUGAAGUUUUUGUGGGUUGCACGAGGCGAGUCGUCUCGACUAAGGGAGAUGAUUCACAGUGGUGGCGGCGACGAUAGGGGAAUGGUGGUGACGUGGUGUGAUCAAUUGAAGGUGCUUUGUCACAGUUCUGUCGGUGGCUUUUUGACACACUGUGGAUGGAAUUCGACGAUGGAAGGGAUUUUUGCGGGCGUCCCAAUGCUUACAUUUCCGAUAGUGGUUGAUCAGCCGGUGAACGGGCGGCUCAUUGUGGAUGAGUGGAAGGUGGGGGCAUGGUUGAGAGAGGAUGCGAAAAACGGAGGUGUGGUUGGAAGGGAAAAGGUUAGUGAUUUGGUGAAGAGGGUGAUGGAUUUGGAAGGGGAUGAGAGUGUGGAGAGGAGGAAGAGGGCUGAGAUGCUUAGGGAAACUUGUAGGAGGGCAACUGAAGAGGUUGGAUCUUCCAUUGUUAAUCUUAAUGAUUUGGUUGAGUUUCUCGUGAAGGUAAAAAAAACUUUGCCGGCAUAUUCUGAGUGAAAAUUUGUUGGGAUAUAAUGUUAACAGAAACGAUCAUGAUUGCCUUGUAGCUCAAUAAGAAGUUGUUUCACUUGCAGCUUCAUUUGUCUACCAAUUCCUCUUUAAUAAAUUGAUUGGGUGUUUUCUUA